GAGGUGUGAUUCUGAAUAUUCCAGACCGAACCACCCCUGAGAACCACCUUUGAGUGGAGGACUUGCCACCGCAACAAUGAAAGCCUCGUUCUUGCACGAAUUGCUUCCAUUAUUAAUAAAGAAAACCCCACCCAAUAGCUUCCAUAUUGAUCCACUUUCGUCCUCCCAUCACCACACCACCCCGUGACAGACUCACUUUAACCUCUCUCUCUCUCUCACACACACAAAAAGUUCAUAGGCAGUGGACAAAUCAACCCGUGAAGUCUUUGAUCCCGUGAACCGUAAAAGAAACCAAAACCUGUUAAUUGGAUAGAAUCACAAAAGUUCAAUCCUUGAUCACUCCAGUCCACUCCACUCCACACAUUAAAUUCCAAAAUCCCCAUCACUAUAAAUACGUACCAUGACAACAUCAUCAACAACACAUUCAAGAAAACCAAGAAACUUUCUUAACAUUUCCAUGGCUUCACUGCUCUCCUUCUCUCUCUUCUCUAUCUUUCUUUUCCUCUCCCUCUCAUCCUCCUCCACCACCACUUUAAAGACAAACAGCCACCACCCCAAGAAACAAAAACAAAAACCCAGACCAAAUGAACCACCCUCAUCUGCCUCAACCACCCCACCUGAGAUUCUCCAAGCUUGUAAAGCCACUAGAUUUCAAGACGCUUGUAUCUCUUCCUUGUCUAACCCUAAUGUUCCUCGAAAUCCAACCCCCCUUGAAAUCAUCCAAUCAGCAAUCUCUGUUUCCAACACAAACCUUAAAACUGCCCAAUCAAUGGUCAAGUCUAUCCUAGACUCGUCCACAGGGAAUAUCAACCGCACAACAGCCGCGAAAAACUGCGUGGAAGCGUUAAUCAAUUCACAAUACCGCAUAACAAGAUCAACGGAUGAUGCUUUGCCACGUGGAAGAGUCAAGGACGCUAGGGCUUGGAUGGGGGCUGCCUUGCUGUACCAAUACGAUUGUUCCAACGCAUUGAAGUACGCUAAUGACACGUCUCUCACUAGGCAGACGAUGUCGUUUUUGGACACCCUGAUGGCUUUCUCUAGUAAUGCAUUGAGCAUGAUUGUCUCAUACGAUGCCUUUGGUAACGAGACCAAGUCAUGGGGCCCGCCAAAAACCGAACGUGACGGGGUCUGGGAGCUCGGGUCGGCUCCCGGAUCGGGUGGGCAUUUUGGUUCGGGGUUCAGGGGUGGGUUUCCGUCUGAAUUAACAGCGGAUGUGACGGUGUGCAAGGACACGAGUAAUGGCGGGUGUUAUAAAACGGUGCAGGAGGCGGUGAAUACGGCACCGGAUAAUGAGUGGGGACAUAGAUACGUGAUCCACAUAAAGGAAGGAGUUUACAAUGAGAUAGUUAGAGUGCCGUUAGAGAAAAAAAAUGUGGUGUUUUUAGGAGACGGGAUGGGUAAAACAGUAAUUACGGGGUCACAAGCUGUGGGCCAGCCUGGGAUUUCCACCUACAACACGGCAACAGUGGGAGACAGGAGUUACCUUCCAUAGCCAAAACCUAUCCUUCUUUCUUGUGACUCAAAUUAUCACACAGGGUGCCGUGCU